AUGGAUUGCAAGAUCAUCUUCGCGAUCGUGAUCGAUGACAUGAACAAGAACAAGAUGCUUUGGAGCAAGAACACAUUCAACAAAGCUACAAAGACGAACGGUGACAUAAAGAACAAGCACUUGAGGCUCAGCAUGCUCUCUGAGAAGCAACUCGCGCCUUGCAAGAAUGCAACUGCCAAGCACACAAACAAAAAGAAGCACUCCAGCGUGAACAUCAAGAAGAAGCCACGCACCAAGUGGGGAACCAAGAGCUACGAGACCGCGCAAGAAUACCUCGCCAACAACCAGAAGAAAAUCAUGAUGAGCAAAUGGAUGCCCAUGCUCCAAGGAACAAUUUUUGCAAUGCAUGAACAUUGUUGGAAUGGUUUGCUCGGCCCCGGCGGCGUUCUCAUAGCGGACGGCGUGCUCCUAGCGGACGGCAACCUAAGGUUGGAGGAGGCAGUAGACGAGAGUGGCUUCCUAGAGCCUUUCUUCUACGACGAGGCGGAGGUGGUGGCCGAAGCGGCGGCGGCGGCAGAGAGGCGGCAGCGGGAGGCUGAGGAGAAAGCAGCGGAGCAUGCGCGGAAGGUGGAUGAAUUCAGACGGAGAAAGGCAGCACAUCAGGCCGUCAUCGACAGGAUCAGCGAGUACGACCCCAAGACGGGGGAAGUCUGCUACACCCGAUUCUUCAACAGGGACUUCUCCGAAUUUGACAUCGACGAGGAGUCUCCUCUGGCUCCAAUGCGAUACACUCACAUAACACCAUCCAAAUACACCAAUUCACUGGGAAGACAGGUGUACGACGUGUCUGACUCUGUAAACAUCCUCUCAGUGAAGAUAGUCUCUUCGGAUUUGGGAUUCCCAUUAAAGGUGUAUGGUACCGUGAUUGCAAGAGAUUACCUCGAUUUCAAAUGUGUCUAUCUGUUCCGUCGCCGUAGAGAGGAUUACCAACUCAUCAACUCAGAGGACCAAUCGUUGAUAUUGACUGGGCCAACUCGAGGACUUGUGUUACUAGAUCGUAUAUAUUUUGAGGUGGAUCUUAAAAUCAAGGAUGACCAAGGGAAGAAAGACCAAGAACUUAGCAAGGGACUGUGUGUGAUUGAUGGCGUAUUAAUGGGAGGGGAGGAACAUGGUCAUGUUGGAUGUGAAGACCUUGAUAGCAGGCUGAGCACUGUGGAGGUGAAAUUUGCAGUGGUUAAACUUUCAGUGCAGGCUGCCCUUGAAAUCAAGAUUCUGAAAGGAGAUUUCUAUGGAGAAAUCACAGCUUGCACCUCCAGCAUUCAGGAUCGCCUUGUGCUUCAUGAUAGCAAAGCAGGUGGUGUAAUCUAUACUACUAAUAAAAGAUCAAACGAGAACUUUUCUAAGUACACAUAGCUAUUACAUCAAAAAAAAC